AUGGACGCCGUGGAAUACCACAACGUCAAGUUCAAUGGCACCCUCACAUGGCCCUCCGAGUUUCGCGGCACCCCCAGCCCCGAGCUCGAUGCCGCCUGGAAGAGGAUCGCAGCAGACAUGAGGCCGUUCAGGAUCACGGGGGACGUCUUGCGCAAGAUAGGCAAAGAAGCGCGGCCUUCGCUCGUCAAAUUCCUCGACGAAGACGGCGGUGGCUACCUGGCGACGCUCGAAGUGACCCAUCAGCUGCACUGUCUCAACAUGCUGCGGAAGCGGACUUACUUCGAGCACUACGCGGCGGACGACGUGUCGAUCCUGGCCGGCCCCGAGGCUUAUCGGACCCACCUAGAUCACUGCAUCGAGAUGUUGCGGCAGGUCGUCCUUUGCACCGCGGACGUCGGACUCGUGACCUACGACUGGGUCGAGGGCUACCGGCACCCCCAUCCCGACUUCAACACCUGGCACAAGUGCAGGGACGUCGACAAGGUCGUCGAAUGGAGCAACGAGCACGAGUUGCACGUUCCGUUUGAUCGGUUGCUGCGCUUCGGGAACGAGGUUGAUCUCGUAGAGGCGCCGUAG